GGGAGUGGGAGAGGGAGAAGCAGUCUUCCCGCUGAGCAGGGAGCCUGAUGCAGGGCUCAAUCCCGGGACUCUGGCCAGGAUCAUGACCUGAGCCAAAGGCAGACGCUUAACGACUGAGCCAUCCAGGCGCCCCCUAGGGGCUUUCCUUUUAAUGUAGGAAAUAACAGGGUAUGAACUAGUCCAGCAGUCAGUGCAAGGCAAUAAUUAAGGAGUUGGGAGUUCUCUUAUCUUUUUUCAAAUUUUAUUUUAUUAUUAUCUAUUUUAUUUAUUAGAGAAUGCACAAGUUGGGGGGGACAGAGGGGGAGGAAGAAGCAGAUUCCCUGCUGAGCAGGGAGCCUGAUGCGGGGCUCCAUCCCUGAGAUCAUGACCCGAGCUGAAGGCAGCCGCUUAACCGACUGAGCCACCCGGGCGCCCUUGGAUCUCUCUUGUCUUAGAGUCUGAGUAGAAGAAAACAAAUCUGUGAAUGUGGAACUGUGGUUCCAUACAUCAUAAAGGUUUGGAAUUCAGAUUCAUGCUACCCAAGUGGUCAAACAGAAUAUACAGAUCGUUUUGUAAGUGAUUAUUGAAAGCCUGAGGUCGCCAAGAGUAGAAUGUAAGGUGAGAAGAGAUGCAGCAUGUUUUGGAACAUGGGGGAAUGGACCUCUUUAAGAAGUAGAUAGGGAAUGAGCAGUGAGAACGUGAGAGACAAACAAGUGGUACAAAACUGAGAAGCUCAGUGAGAUAGGACUAUCUGGAGAUCACCGAAGGAAGAUAUGACACGCUCUAUUCCUGCAGCAAGGAGUUGUGACAACACAUGUGAGAUGUGGCCAACCACGAACAUGCAUGAGGGACUCAGUGCUUAAGGAAGAAUAUAAAAAAACAACAUUGUGAAGUAAUUGUUGGAGCACAAUGUGGCAAUGCGGUGUUAAGAGGAGCCCAUGUCUAUGUUCCAGGAAUUGUGUCAGCUUCAAAAUUUAUGAAAGCUGGAGAUGUUAUUUCUGUAUACUCUGAUAUUAAAGGCAAAUGUAAGAAAGGAGCCAAAGAAUUUGAUGGAACAAAAGUAUUUCUUGGAAAUGGGAUUUCUGAACUAAGCCGCAAAGAAAUCUUCAGUGGGCUACCCGAACUGAAAGGUAUAGGCAUAAGAAUGACAGAACCGAUAUAUCUCAGCCCCUCAUUUGACAAUGUGCUGCCCAGCUACUUAUUUUUACAGAAUUUGCCAUCUGUUGUAGUAACUCAUGUUCUGGAUCCUCAACCCGGAGAGAAGAUUCUAGAUAUGUGUGCAGCACCUGGAGGCAAAACAACACACAUUGCAGCAUUAAUGCAUGAUCAGGGAGAAGUAAUAGCACUGGAUAAAAUAUCGAACAAAGUAGAAAAAAUAAAACAGAAUGCUUUAUUGUUAGGACUGAAUUCCAUCAAGGCAUUUUGCUUUGAUGGAACAAAGGCACUUAAACUCAAUACAGUUAAGGAUGCUGAAGGAAAACCUCCAUUCUUACCAGAAUCUUUUGACCGAAUUCUUCUUGAUGCACCAUGCAGUGGAAUGGGACAGAGACCAAACAUGGCUUGUUCUUGGACUUUGAAAGAAGUGACAUCGUAUCAACCGUUACAGAGAAAACUCUUCACUGUGGCAGUUGAGCUGCUGAAGCCGGGGGGCGUGCUGGUUUAUAGCACAUGCACCAUCACGCUGGCAGAAAACGAAGAACAGGUUGCCUGGGCCCUCAGAACAUUUCCUUACCUUCAGCUUCAGCCCCAGGAAGCACAUAUUGGAGGAGAAGGAAUGGUGGGAGCUGGCCUCUCACUGGAACAAUUGAAACAGCUGCAGCGAUUUGGUCCAUCUGUCGUGCCAUUACGGGGCACUGACAUUGAUUCUCUCAGAGAUGCCAGAAUAGAAGACAUGAUUUGGCUGGCAAAUAAGGAUUGUAUAGGAUUUUUUAUUGCAAAAUUCAUAAAAUGCAAAAGCACAUAGAUCCUUAGAAAUAAAAAUUCCAAACGUUUGCUGUAUGGUUUUCUUUUUUCUUUUUCUUUUACCCAGCUGUUGUCGGGCCUGGUGAUGGGUGGCAUAGUUGCUAAGGAAGCAGAAAAGACUAUCAGCAGUUGGACCAGGGACCAAGAGAUUUGACCAAGAGAUUAGUUCAUGGAGGAAGUAGUUGGGGGUGGUAUGAGAUUAUAUUCUGUGUUUUUUAAGUAAUUUUUUUCUUAAGGAUUUAGCACAGUAAAAGGAAAAGGAGAUGCCUAUGGAUAUCUGGAGCAAAUUUUCAUUUGGGGUUUUGUGUUUUAAUGUGUAAAGAAUGUAAGUCAUUUUUAAUGUUAAAAUUUGUGAUUGUAACAAAGGAAUAAAAUGAGCAAUAAUUUAAUUUGGUAAAAAA